UGGAACACCCCCAAUUUCUGGAGGCAAGCUGUCCCAGUGAUUAUUUGUUCUAACUGGCAGGAAAUUUCUCCUUAGUUCUAGGUUGCUUUUCUCCUUGAUCAGUUUCCAUCCAUUGCUUCUUGUCCUGCCUUCAGGUGCUUUGGAAAAAUAUCUUGAUUCCCUCUUCCUUGUGGCAAAAUGAAAUGUUGUAAGUCGAGGACUCCCUGUAAGGAACCCCGCUCUCAGGCUGAAGGCAGCACAAACGGUCAGGACCACUGCAGCCGCCCUAUCAGUGCUUCGCAGCCUUAGUUGGCUCCGCCUCCUUUCUGCAGCUGUUGUUAUUUGAAGGCACGUUUCCAGGCUGGGGGUAAUCCAUGGUGUUCGGUUACCACGGCAACGGAGGACGGCUUUGCUUUUCCGGACAUGAGGGGGGGGGGAAUACAACCUGACCCGCCCAAGCCCUGCAAGAGUUCGUUCGGCGGGAAGGCGGGACUUCCUGUCUGUCAGAGAACUUAGCUAUAUUAUAUAUCGUGACCAAGACCUAACCCGGAAGUGGAAUAUGGGGAAGCUUGGUAACCCGGACGAUCUGGUAGUCGGGUGUGUAAGAGUGAAGGCGGGAAAGGAUGGAAAAGUUUCCCGUGGCAACUUGCCUCACGAUUUUGCUUUCGUUGCUGGUCUCCGGGCCGGGCCUACUGCAACGGAGCGGGAGUAAUGGCCUGCCCGAUGACUCUCUGUCGGCGUUUUUGCUGCGGCCGGCGGCAGUGCGGGAAGGGCAGGUUUAUAGGUUGGUGACCUACAUCUUUGUUUAUGAGGAUGUGAUCUCCUUGGUAUGCAGUGCUGUUAUCAUCUGGUACUUUGCUGGCAGCUUUGAGAAGAUGGUGGGGACUGUGAAGCACUCCUUCCUCACUCUGGCAUUUGCAGUUUUCUUAGCUCUACUCUACCUUGUAGUCAGGACUAUGGCAUCUGGCCUGUUGAGGGUGACAGAUGCUGAAGGAUUCACUCCUGUGGCUUUUGCCAUGCUGGCUGCAUCAAUUGCUCGCGCUCGGAUGAGGAAAACAGUGCUCUUUGGAGUGAACUUCCACAUGACAUUUGUGCCCUGGUUGCUGCUUUGCAUGGCCUGGAUUAUCCCAAGUUCUUCUUUCCUAGCAAACCUGUGUGGCCUCUUAAUUGGGAAUAUCUAUGGUUAUGGUUACUGCGUUGCUUUGGAUUUCUCUGAAUCAACAGCCUCUUGUUUAGAUCAGAAGUUCCCUUUCCGACUAUUGAAAAGGAUCCCUGGAGUAGAAUAUGUUCCAGGAUCCCUGGCAGAAAGAAGGGCUUUCCAGAACAGAAAGUUAAAUCCAGUGCCAGGUUCUUAUCCCACUCAGAACUAUCACAGCCCCCCUCCUCCGUUGCUUGCUAUGCACAUGCAGCAUCCUAAUGCACAAAUUCCAGCACCUGGACCACCAUGCUUUCAGAGUCCCACACCGCAUCACACUACUGGUCCUACGGGGGAAUUGUGCAUCCAGAACCAUUCCCAAUCACCAGCAGCACUGCCGUCUGCUUCUCAUCUUGUUGGUGCCAAUUCAUGGGUACCUGAAAGGACAGGUGAUUUGGGUGCCCACCAAGCACCAGGAUCUGCCUCAAAAUCAGAAGACGUUUGUCAAGUUCAUGUGGGUUGAAUCUAGUAGGUAACUGCAAAUGUUGGACUAUGCUACAGUAACAGUGGUUUCCCUGAGAAGGGAGUCUCUUCCAAGUGAUAAAAAAAAAAUUGGAGAUCCUGAGAAGCUUGGAUCUAAUUGAAGAAAGGAACCAUUCUCUGUCUUGUGGCAACCUGGUGGGAUCAAGGGACAACAAUCUCUUGGCUGUUUAAAACUGAAACUUAAUUUAUGCGUUAAUUUUGGGUGAUGUCAGUAUGACCUUCACAACUUCAGGUUGUAUCUCCUUUCUGCAUCUGACUAAUUUUAUAAAAGGUGAUGGCAAAUUUUCCACUGAUUGAUUGAUUGAGGCACUGGACAGUUUAGGAUUGGUUUUACCAUACUUCUAAUAAAGCUGUUGUUUCCUUAAUAUUUUAAUGGCAGGAAAGCUGUUUAGGAUAAUUUUUUAAAAAAAUUAUUGCCCAUGGGUGGGAUAUGUCUAUUCAACUGAGAUAUUUCUUGUCAGUUGAACACCUUGGCUUAAACCUUUGAUUAUUUUAUAAAAUGACUUGUUAUUAGUUUUAAAAAUUUACUUUGGAUAAAUUUGGUAUAGAUCAGGGGUCUCCAACCUUGGUCACUUUAAGACUUGUGGACUUCAACUCCCAGAAUUCCUCAGCCAGCUAAGCUGGCUGAAGAACUCUGGGAGUUGAAGUCCACAAGUCUUAAAGUGGCCAAGGUUGGAGACCUCUGGUAUAGAUCACACGUGAGGGAGUGUAGCUAGCCGGUUCUGGUAAGAACUAUAUUCAUGAAAAUCGUGCCUCUGAAAUUCAUGCCUCUAUAUUCAUGAAAGUCGUGCAUCCGUGGGGGAACACGGAUGUGCAUCUGAGUCUGAUCUUUCUGGGUGUUCUGGUAUGUGAGAGUGUUCUGCUCUUUCUGGGCGGUCAUUUGGUGGAGCCCAUUUGGUCAACUGAAGGUGCUUCUUGACAGCUUCAAGCGAUUGACCUGGAAAGUAGGGUGUGAGGAGGGUGAGUAGCACCUUCUUCAUCAUUCCUCUCUCCCAGUAUCUGUCCACAAGCCGUUUCAGCGCCUCAUCAUCCUCCUGGGUCCACACCAGGCGCUUCAUGGGCAGGGAUGCUACGCACUCGGCAUUCACCUCCACUGGAUGGCAAUGUGCUUGAUGUUUGCCGAGGCCCCGUUUGGUCUUAAAAAGGGAACUACAGAAGCACGGGAAGCUGCGAUUGUCCGUUCUGUCCCGAGUGCCUGCACUAUUGGCGUUCCCAUCUUUGUCACUGGAGUCCAUAUGUCCAGAGGGACCAGGACUGAAUACUAUAGUCAGUCAUUGUAGUAACCAGUAACAAGCCCUCUACAAAACAGUUAGACCUGUGGGUUGGCUCUUAGCUCUGGUGCUUAAAGCACCAUAUCCGGCGGUCGCCACUAGGAGGCGUCCAAGCCUGUAACUCUGUCCCUUUUAAGAGAGUCAUAGUUACUCCCGCUAAAUGACAUACAGAAGGUCCCAGUUUCAAUCUGAUGUUUCUAGUUCAAAAACAGCUAAACAGCAUGAACUAUGAAAGGUUUCUUGUGAAACCUUGAGAAUUUUCUCCCAGUUACGGUCAUGGGUAUUAUUUUGUUUAACAGAUCUGACAUCUUUCUACCAUGUUCUCUUGAAUAGCAUGGCGUUGACAAAUGUAUGAUACUACAGGAAAGUGGGAUAAGCUGCAACUGUGAUAAGAAAAAAAAAUCUACUCUGAAUAAAAGAAUAAUUUUGUGAGGAGUGUAUCAUUGUAUUUGUAUGGAAAUAAGAGAGAUAUGCUGCAGAGUGCAAUGAAGAAAAUAUUAAUACUAAGAUUGAUACUUGGAAGAGCUCAUAUUUUUUGCUGUACAGUGGUACCUCGGUAUUCAUUAUUAAUUGGUUCUGGGAGGCAUGAUGAGACGCAUACUAAAAAUGCUGAAUAGUAACCAAAUAUUUCCCGUAAGGAAUAAUGUAAGUGAGUCACAAGGCAGCCAACAUCGACAAGUUAUAACUUGUGCAUUGAGUAACAAACAAAUAAUGAGUACCAGCACAAAUUUUUUACGUAAAAAUGCAUUGAGUACCUACCAUACUUUUUACAUAUAAGAUGCACUUCCCUAAAAGUGGUUGAAAAUUGCAGUUCGUCUUAUACACCGAAUGU